AUGGGAGAACAUUCAUUUUCGCUUCAGUUCAAUCCUUUGCAAAGGAUUAAGACGGUUAAGGAUUAUGAGAAGGAGAUUGAGGAACUAAGAAACGAGAAUUUUGAGAUCAAGCACCAGCUUUCUCAUUACAAGGCAAGCUCAGGGGGGAACAUCCAGGAGGAUAUCCAGAAGCUCCUUCUUGAUAGCAAGAGAUCCAUAGACAUUCUUGAAGGGGAGAAUGAGGAGCUCAACAAGCAAAUGGAAAGGAUGAACGAGAUGGUUAGGAAGAUAAGAACGGAAAAGGAAGAUACUGAGAACAAGCUAAAGGGUGAUUUGCAGGAGUACCUCAAUAAGAUAUCUAUGCUUGAAGAAGAGAAUGGUAGGCUUCUCAAACAUCUAGAAAAUGUCAAUGGGAUCAAUGCCAAGUUAAGGGAAGAGAAUGAGGUGUUAGGAGAAUGUUUUAACAGAAGUAAGAAUACGAUUGAUGAACAGAAAAGCCUUAUUGAGAAGAUUGCACACGAGAAAGAAGAGAAGUCGCAAGUCGAGAAGGAGUUAAUGUCUUACAAGAAUGCUCUUCUAAACAGCAACAAAGAAAGGGAUCAGAUUAUGUAUGAGCGAGAGAGAGAAAGAAAUGAGUAUAGCAACAAGAUUUCCCAACUUCAGGGGAUUGUGGGAUCCUUUGAGGAAAAGAUGAAUCUCAAGGAAGCGGAGAUGAACCAGAUGAGAGAGCAUUACAAAAGCAUGGAGGAUGAGUACAAAGAGAUGUAUAGGCAAAAGCAAUCGAAUGAGAUGUAUCUUAAAGAGAUGGGGGAGAAUUACAUGAGGGAAACAAGAGACAAGCAAGAGUUGGCAUUGAGAAAUGAGGAGCUAAGAAGAGAAGUUGAGCAAUUGAAGACUUCGAGAAGUGAUCUAAAGAAAAGACUUGAGGUUUGUGAGAAUGAAAAGAGAGCUUUGUCAUACAAGGUUUCACAGGAUGUUUCCGGAAGUUCAGAGCUCUACAGAAUCAAAGAAGAAUUAGAAAAAGCAAAAAGAGAAAGAAACUCGCUUAUGGAAGAGGUUGAAGGGCUCAAGAAGAAAUGCCUAGAGUGUACUUCUGAUCUAGAAAGGUCAAGAGAGCUUGAAAUAUUUCUGAAGGAUCUUCUCCAAGAGAAGGGGAAAGAAUGCGACAGAAGGCUAGGGGAGAUUGAAAAGAUGGCAGACACGAUAGACUCCAAAAUAGACCUGGCAAGAAAGAUGCUUGGAGAAAGAAGGUCUGUUGAUGGGGGGUAUAAAGAGAUGGAUACUUUGCUCAAUGAGAUGAAGGAACUCAAAAGCAAGGAAGAGGAGUAUAGAAGAAUGACUAAUAUCACAGAGGAUAACAAGAGAUUUCUUAAGACUUUUGGCGUAGAACCAACAGGAUCACUUGAUGAGAUUGUAGGAAGGUUUAGAGGUGCAUACAAGGAUGUUAUUAGAAAGAUGAGAGUGAUGAACAAAGAAGCCAAUGAAGCCAUGAGGUUUGCAGAGAAUAAUAAAGAUGUGAUGGACAGAAAGACAAUGAUGUUCUUGGAGGACUUCACCAAAGAGUUCAACAUUGCCCGAAAAGAUCUGGAAGCUUGCAAAAGGUAUCUUGAGAAAAAGGGCAAAGAGAACAAGGAACUGAAGGCAAGCAACCUAGUUCUGGAAAAGAAAUUCAAUGAGUGUAGAAAAAAUGAGGAAAGGAUAAAAGGUCUUUAUUCGGCAAUGGCUGACAAGCUCAGGAAAAAGGACGAGAUGAUAUCCAAGCUGGAGAUGAGAAUGGCCACAAGGCCUUAA